AUGCGCGGCGCAAGGAUCGCCCGGAUGGCGCUGCGGCAGACCGCCAUGUGCAGCGCCCGGGCGGCAGCCCGUCAUCACGCCGUGCCGAUCGCGGCGCGCGCCUUCUCGGCCUCUGCCAUCCGCGCCGACUCGACGGCGCCCAGCAAGCUCACGGCCAACAACUACCCGGACCUCAAGCGGAAUCCAAACUUUGCGCAGGUCACGCCGGAGGACGUCAAGUUCUUCCAGGACCUGCUGGGCUCCGCCUCGGCCGUCAUCGACGGCGUCACCGCCGACGCCUCGGAUGACCUCAGCCCGUUCAACGGCGACUGGAUGAACAAGUACCGCGGCCAGUCCAGGCUGCUGCUCAAGCCCGCGACCACGGAGGAGGUCAGCAAGAUCCUCAAGUACUGCAACGACAGGAAGCUCGCCGUCGUGCCCCAGGGUGGUAAUACCGGCCUGGUGGGCGGCUCCGUGCCUGUCUUUGACGAGAUCAUCCUCAACCUGUCGCGCAUGAACAGGAUCGAGUCCUUUGACGAGCGGUCGGGCGUGCUCGUCGCCGACGCCGGCGUCAUACUCGAGGUCGCCGACCAGUACCUGGCCGAGCGCAACCACCUGUUUCCGCUCGACCUCGGCGCCAAGGGCUCGUGCCACAUCGGCGGCAACAUCGCCACUAACGCUGGCGGUCUGCGCCUCCUCCGCUACGGGUCCCUGCACGGCAGCGUUCUGGGCCUCGAGGCGGUCCUGCCCGACGGCACCGUCGUCGACACCCUCUCGACCCUGCGCAAGAACAACACGGGCUACGACCUGAAGCAGCUCUUCAUCGGCGCCGAGGGCACCCUCGGCGUCAUCACCAAGGCCGCCGUCCAGUGCCCCGCCCGCCCCAAGGCCGUCAACGUCGCCUACUUUGGCUUCGAGAGCUACGAAAAGAUGUGCGAGGCCUUCAAGGAGGCCAAGGGCCGCCUGUCUGAGAUCCUGUCCGCCUUCGAGCUCAUGGACGGCCGCAGCCAGCGCCUCGUCGGCCAGGCCACGGGCAACCCCUUGCCCAUCGAGGGCGAGUACCCCUUCUACGGCCUCGUCGAGACGCACGGCUCCAACGGCGAGCACGACAUGGCCAAGCUUGAGGAGUUCUUCGAGCACAUCAUGGGCGAGGGCAUCGUUGCCGACGGCGUGCUCGCCCAGGACGAGACGCAGUUCCGCGCCCUCUGGGCCUGGCGCGAGGGCAUCACCGAGACGCUGAGCCACCUCGGCGGCACCUACAAGUUCGACGUGUCCAUCCCGCUGUCGGACCUGUACCGGCUCGUCGACGACACGCUCGAGCGCAUGACGCGCCUCGGCCUCGUCGGCGACGACGACUCGUUCCCCGUGCGCACCGUCGUCGGCUACGGCCACAUGGGCGACGCGAACCUGCACCUCAACAUCGCCGUGCGGCGCUACAGCAAGGAGGUCGAGGAGGCGCUCGAGCCCUGGGUCUACGAGUGGAUCAAGGAGUGCAGGGGUAGCAUCAGCGCCGAGCACGGCCUGGGCCUGGCCAAGAAGCAGUUCAUCGGCUACAGCCAGAACGACGUGGUCCUGGGCAUGAUGAAGCAGCUCAAGGCGCUGUACGACCCGAACGGCAUCAUGAACCCCUACAAGUACAUUUAG